AUGGAGGAGAUUGGUACUUCAAUUGCAUCUAAAAUUGUAGAAAAACCGGUGGCACUAAUUGGGAGACAACUCAGUUAUCUAAUUUACUACGAUUCUAACAUAGAAAGUCUAAAGAAUGUGCUUAAAAUUCUUGAUGACAAGAAAAAUGACCUGCAAAGAUUUGUGGAUGCUGCAAAAAGGAAUGGUGCAACCAUCAAAAAUCAAGUUCAGAGCUGGCUGGAGAAUGUAAACAAAAUAUUUCAUGAAGUGGAAGAACUUGAAAAAAAGGUCAACGAGCAAAGGCGGUGUUUGUAUGGAUUGUGCCCAAGUUUGAAAUCGCGGUAUUCUCUGAGUAGGAAAGCCAAGAAAAUUGCUGAGCGUGUACUUGAUCUCAAACUAGACGAAGGACUAAGUAAUAAUGUUGCCAAUCCUGCACCUCGACAACAACUAGGGUCAAUAAUCUCUAGUGAAGGUUUUAAGGGUUUUGAAUCUAGAAAAGAUGUCAUGAAUGAUGUACUUAGUGCUUUGAGGAAUGAAAAGACAAGAAGUGAUAAACGGGUGAUAGAAAGUGCUGUGUUCAUGAAGGGUGCAAAGCAGAGUAAAAGAAUCCUGAUUAUAUUAGAUGAUGUAUGGUCAGAGCUUAAAUUUCAGGAUGUAGGAAUCCCUUUUGGUGUUCAUGAAGGGUGCAACAUUUUGUUGACAUCUCGAAAUGAAGAAGUUUGUAAAGUAAUGGGGUGUAAAGAUGACAUUUUUAGAGUCCAAGCCUUAAAUAAAGAAGAAGCAUGGGAGCUUUUCAGGGCGACUGUAGGUGAAUCCUUGGACAAUGAUCCUGAUUUGUCUCAUGUUGCAAAAUUGAUUGUUGACGAAUGCAAAGGUUUACCCAUUGCUAUCAUAACUGUUGGGAAAGCUCUUCUACCAAGUAAUGGCAAGCAUGAAUGGAAAACUGCCUUGCAUGAACUGAAACAUUCCCUCCCUGAAAACAUCCCUGGAAUGGAACCUGAGGUUUAUUCUUGCAUAAAAUUGAGUUAUGAUAAAUUGGAUAGUGAUGAAGUCAAGUCAUGCUUUUUACUUUGUUGCUUAUUUCCAGAAGAUUAUGAUAUUCCGAUUGAGUAUUUGGUGAGGUAUGGGGCGGGUCGAGCAACUUUUAGAAACACCAACACAAUCGAAGAUGAAAGAAACAGAGUGCAUUCUUUCGUUGGACAACUAAAAAGAAGGUAUUUGUUGAUGGAUAGUGAAGAGGAAGAGUGUAUCAAAAUGCAUGACAUAGUUCGUGAUGUUGCUAUAUCAAUUGCCUCAAAAGAUCCUCACAAAUUUAUGGUAAGAUCGUUUGAUACAGAAGGUGGAGAUGGAGGAUGGUCAGGAUUACAAAAAGCUACAAACCAAGAACAUUACAGUGCAAUUUCAUUAAUUAAUUUUAAGUUAGAUGAAGAUAAUACAGAUGGUUUGGAGUGCCAAAAACUUGAGCUUCUACAACUGAUAAAUUUCUCCAGUUCAGAAUAUUCCCACCACUUUAAAAGGUUGAAAGAACUCAAGGUUUUAGCUUUCUUGGGGAUGGAUAUGUCAGGUUAUUUGGCCUCGAAAAGAUCUCUAGCUCUUGGAGAACCCAAGUACCUUCAUACCUUGUGUCUAGAGGAUUGUAAAUUGGGAGACAUAUCUCAUGUUAUUGGAGUUUUGGAGAAUUUAGAGAUUCUCAGCUUUGCUCGCUCUGAUAUCAGAGGUUAG